AUGACUUUGACUACGAAGAGUGCUUGUGCCGCAUGCAAAUAUCAACGGAGAAAGUGUGAAAAAGAUUGCCCAUUGGCACCAUUUUUUCCUGCUGAGGAGUUCAAGUCAUUUCAAUAUGCACACCGUUUGUUUGGUGUAUCCAACAUAAUGAAGAUACUAAAACAAGUACACCCUGCAGACCGUGAAAAGGCAAUGAGAUCCGUCAAAUAUGAGUCCGAGAUGUGGGCAAAAUUUCCAAAUACGGGUUGUUAUGGUAUUGUGCAGCAACUUCAGUUACAGUUACAAGAAGCCACAGGAGAGCUCCAAAGUCUGCUUCCAGAUCUUGUAAGGAUUUACAAGCACUAUUCACCUCCUUCGCAAUUGCCAUUAGAUAUAACUUAUCUCAAGAGCCAGUGCCAACACCAGCAAAAGGCUGCAGCAGACUAUUUAAGUACUUCACAAUAUAUAGCUAAUCUCAAGGCCCAGGGUCAGUGCCAAUACCAACAAAAGCCUGAUUAUUUACCUCCUUCACAAUUACAAUCAGACAUAACUACAACCAGUAACACUGUUUCGACUUAUCAACAGCAUUUGAACAUUCCUAUCAAUGAAAAAGGUUUACAUGGUUGA